AUGGCCGCCAUCCCCUCCGCUCGAGUACUGUGCCUCUAUCACUACCCGUGCGCGGACGGCAUCUUUGCGGCGCUGGCUGUGCACCUGGCGCACAAGGCGCGCGGCACAGCGGUGCAGUUCUGGCCUAAUACUGUGUGGGCGCCGCUGACGGUUGGGUCGCUGGGGCUGACGGGGGACGAGGUAUGCCAUGCAUACCUCGUCGAUUUCAGCGGCGGGCCUGGCUUUGCCAGGCAGCUGAGCCAGCAUGUGAGCAAGGUGGUGGUGCUGGACCAUCACAAGACCGCGGCAGCAGAGCUCACAGAUCCGGCGCUGGCGGGCAUGGAGUCGCUGGAGGUGCACUUUGACAUGAACCGCAGCGGAGCGACCAUCAGCUACGACUACUUCCAGCCGCAGGGCCUCACCCCGGAGCAGCAGCAGCUGUUCCGAUACAUCGAGGACGCCGACCUGUGGCGCUGGCAGCUGCCAGAGAGCAAAGCCUUUACAGCAGGUGGGCAGGGAGAGGCGCCUGAUGCUGCCGACAUGCGGCCUGGCCUGAAGCUCGAGUACGAUGCCCAGAAGAACCCCGCCAUCUGGGACCAGCUGCUGUCGCAGACGCCGCGGGCGCUCAUCCAACUGGGCGCGCCCAUCCUGGCGGAGCAGCAGCGGCUGGUGCAGGAGGCGGUGGGGCAGGCGUUUGUCGUGAAUGUCGGCGGGGCUGCGGGCGCGGAGCGCGGCUGGGGGCGCUGCCUGGCGGUGCGGGUCGGCGCCCAGCUGGCCAGCCUGCGCAGCCAGCUGGGCAACGCGCUGGCAGAGGAGAGCCGGCGGCAGGGGCUGCGGGCCAUGGCGGUGGUGGCGUACAUUGAGGAGGCCAUGGGGGACCCCUCCCAGAUCAAGUGCAGCCUGCGGUCCAUCGGCGAGGGCGAGGACACCACGCCCGUCAGCGAGGCGCACGGCGGCGGCGGCCACCGCAACGCCUCCAGCUUCAUCUGCGCCGUGUCGCAGUUUGAGAGCUGGAGGGCAUGA